AUGGAGAGAAAUGAAGUAAGGGAAGGGCCUAUAGCUAUUGCAGUUGACAGAGAUAAAACAAGCAUCCAAGCUCUUAAAUGGGCUUUAGAGAAUCAUAUUCCCCAAGGAGAAACAGUAAAACUUGUUCAUGUCAUCCAAAGAUCUGCAAAUGGACCUAAUACAGAUGAUGAACUGUCUGAAAGAGAGCAAAAACAUAAACAAGUCGCUCGUUUUCUUCCAUUGCGUUGUCUUUGUAUGCGACAAAAUAUACAAACCGAAGUAGUUUUGCUCGACGAUCAAGAUGUUGCAAAAGCAUUGAUCGAAUAUAUUAGCCAUAACUUAAUUUCUACAUUCUUCAUAGGUGCCUCUUUGAAGAAAAGCAUUACAAGGCUGUUCAAGGUUGAUGACAUUCCAAGUAAUGUGAUGAGAUGGGCUCCAGAUUUCUGCAAUGUCUUAAUAGUAUCAAAGGGAAGACUAUCGAGUGUACGUUCAGCCACUAGGCCAUUACCUCUAGCAUUACCAUCUCCUUCUUCAGGGACUGCACCGUUGUCACCACUCAGCGGCACCGAUGAGCUUCCCUCUGAAAUGUCAUUGUCAAGAGAAGACGACGUUUUGUUUGGGGAGUUCUCAUCACUGUCUAGAGACUCUACUGCGAAUCUCAGUGAUAGGAUCAGUACAGAUAGUUCGGGUCUCUCUUUCUAUAAGAAACUUGGAGCUCCACAGAUGUUGGAUAUUCCUAGAUUAAUCUCUGGUCUGGAUGAUGAGAAAUCCAUGUUUUCGAUGUAUCUUAAUAGUCCUUCUGAUGAAAAGAACUGUACAUUAGCUUCCUCACUACUACCACCAAUGGAUAACGCGGAUGAUGAGAAGAGAAGGCUGAAGAGAGAGCUGAAGGAGACGAUGAGCAUGUACCACGCCGCCUGUAAAGAAGCCCUUGUGGCAAACGAGAAAGUAGCUGAGCUGGAGAUAUGGAAAAAGAAAGCAGAGAAAAUGCUUAAGAUGGCUGAAGAAACAGCAACAAUGGCCAUCAUGGAGAUGGAUAAGAGAAAACUGGAGGCAGAGACGAUGAAGGUUGUGCGAAGGAGAGGGAAUGAUGACAGGAAGGUUGUUUUGGAUGAUCUUGGAGAGUCUCGUAUAGUGGUUAAGUAUGAGAGCUUGCUCCAUAUUGUAGUUGUUCUUUUCGUCUUCUGUUUUUAUUUCACAUUCAGAUAG